UGACGUCACAAUGGAGCGUGGACUUCAUCCCGGGAGCCGAGGCUGAUCAACAUCCGGGACACCGGGACUGAGUUCAUGUGAAUGCCUGCACACUUUACCGACUGACUCUACGGGCAGAGAGCAACGGAGUGGUGAAAUGGAUGAUGGAAAGCCGGUGUGGGCGCCCCACCCUACGGAUGGGUUCCAGCUGGGCAGAAUCAUCGACAUCAGUGCCGAUAGUCUGACCAUCGAACCUCUCAACCAGAAAGGGAAGACCUUUCAAGCUCCUGUCAAUCAAGUCUUCCCUGCUGAAGAUGAUGUCAGCAAACAUGUGGAGGACAACUGCUCAUUGAUGUACUUGAAUGAAGCCACGCUACUAAAUAACGUCCGUGUGCGCUACAGUAAAGAUAAGAUUUAUACGUUUGUUGCCAACAUCCUGAUUGCUGUGAAUCCAUAUUGUGAGAUUCCCAAGCUGUAUUCUCCAGAGACCAUUAAACAGUACCAGGGCCGAUCGCUGGGUACUCUGCCUCCUCACGUCUAUGCAAUUGCGGAUAAAGCUUAUCGUGACAUGAAGGUGCUGAAGAUGAGUCAGUCCAUCAUUGUGUCAGGAGAGUCAGGAGCUGGAAAAACCGAAAACACCAAGUUUGUUCUCAGGUACUUAACUACGUCUUAUGGUACAGGUCAAGACAUUGAUGAAAGAAUAGUUGAAGCAAACCCACUGCUCGAGGCAUUUGGGAAUGCCAAAACUGUCCGAAACAACAACAGCAGUCGCUUUGGGAAAUUUGUGGAGAUUCACUUUAACGAAAAGAAUGCUGUAGUAGGUGGUUUUGUGUCCCAUUACCUGCUGGAGAAGUCCCGUAUCUGCACGCAGGGUCAGGAGGAGAGGAACUAUCACAUUUUUUACAGGCUGUGCGCUGGAGCUCCUGAAGACAUCAAGGGGAAGUUCCACCUCAGCUCUCCAGAAGCUUUCAGGUAUCUGAGUCGAGGAUGCACAAGGUACUUUUCUACCAAGGAUUCAGACAAGCUGGUACCUCAAAACCGCAAGAGUCCAGAGCAUCUGAAGGCAGGUCCUCUGAAAGACCCUCUGCUGGACGAUCAUGCCGACUUUAACAGAAUGUGUGUGGCCAUGAAGAAGAUCGGACUGGAUGACACGGAGAAGUUCAACCUGUUCAGGGUGGUGGCAGGGGUUUUGCACCUCGGAAACAUUGAUUUUGAAGAGGCUGGAAGCACCUCAGGUGGCUGUGUCUUAAAGAAGACGUGUGGUCAGUCAUUACAGUACUGUGCGGAGCUGUUGGGUCUGGAUGAGGAAGAUCUGAGGGUCAGUCUGACCACCAGAGUCAUGCACACCACUGCAGGGGGCGUUAAAGGCACAGCCAUCAAGGUUCCUCUGAAGGUGGAGCAGGCCAGCAGCGCUCGUGAUGCUCUAGCUAAAGCCAUCUACAGCCAUCUGUUUGAUCAUGUGGUCACCAGGAUCAACCAGUGCUUCCCCUUCGACUCGUCUGCUCACUUCAUUGGUGUGCUGGACAUCGCUGGCUUUGAGUAUUUUGAGCACAACAGUUUUGAGCAGUUCUGCAUCAACUACUGUAAUGAGAAACUCCAGCAGUUCUUCAACGAGCGCAUUCUCAAAGAGGAGCAGGAACUGUAUCAGAGAGAAGGUCUGGGGGUCAAUGAGGUCCAUUACGUUGAUAAUCAGGACUGUAUAGACUUGGUGGAGUCAAAGUUAGUUGGCAUCUUGGAUAUCCUGGAUGAAGAGAACCGGCUACCUCAACCCAGUGACCAGCACUUCACUGAAACCGUCCACAGCAAGCACAAGGACCAUUUCCGCCUGACUGUUCCCAGGAAGUCCAAGCUGACAGUGCACAGGAAUGUCAGAGACGACGAGGGCUUCAUCAUAAGACACUUUGCUGGAGCCGUCUGCUAUGAAACGACUCAGUUUGUUGAGAAGAAUAACGACGCUCUUCACACGUCCUUGGCGAGUCUGGUGAGUGAGUCGAAGGAUAAAUUCAUCGGAGAGCUCUUCGAAAACUCCAACCACUCCAAAGACACCAAGCAGAAGGCCGGCAAACUGAGCUUCAUCAGUGUAGGCAACAAAUUCAAGACACAACUGAAUAUUCUUCUGGAAAAGCUGCACAGUACUGGUUCAAGUUUUGUCCGUUGUGUGAAGCCCAAUCUGAAGAUGGUUGGCCAUCGAUUUGAGGGCGCUCAGAUUCUGUCUCAGCUACAGUGCUCAGGUAUGGUGUCUGUACUGGAUCUGAUGCAGGGCGGCUUCCCCUCACGAGCACCGUUCCACGAGCUCUACAACAUGUACAAGCAGUACAUGCCCGCCAAACUGACACGGCUCGACCCGCGACUCUUCUGCAAGGCUUUGUUCAAAGCUCUCGGCCUGAAUGAAAAUGAUUAUAAAUUUGGUUUGACAAAAGUUUUCUUCAGACCUGGAAAGUUUGCGGAGUUUGAUCAAAUCAUGAAGUCAGAUCCAGAUCAUCUGGCUGAACUGGUGAAACGUGUCAAUAAAUGGCUCAUCUGCAGCCGCUGGAAGAAGGUGCAGUGGUGUGCCCUGUCCGUCAUUAAACUGAAAAAUAAGAUGCUGUACCGAGCCACGGCGUGUAUCCAGAUGCAAAAGACUGUUCGCAUGUGGCUGUGCAAGAGGAAACACAAACCACGGAUCGAUGGGCUGGUGAAGGCACGUAACCUAAAGAAGAGGAUGGAGAAUCUGAAUAAGGCGGUGUCUGGACUAAAGGAGGGAAAACAAGAGAUGAGCAAACAGAUGCAGGAACUCGAUUCCUCUAUUGAUGCCCACAUACGUAAAAUAAAGAACACUGUAAUGAGCCGCAUAGACAUCGACCAUGAGCACCAGGCUCUGGUCACACGCUCACAGGAGCUGCUCAGCGCCAUGCAGAAGAAGAAACAGGAGGAGGAGGAGAUGGAGCGUCUGAGACACAUCCAAGAAGAAAUGGAAAGGGAGAGGAAGAGACGUGAGGAAGAGGAACAGAAGCGUAAACAAGAGGAACAAGAAAGACGCCUGAAAGCGGAGAUGGAGUUAAAGAGGAAACAGGAAGAGGAAGAGCGUAAGAAAAGAGAGGAGGAGGAGAGGAGACUGCAGGAGGAGAUGGAGCUGCAGUUCCAGGCAGAGAGGGAGCAGGAGGCGUCCCGGCAGGCUGUGCUGGAACAAGAGCGACGAGACCGAGAGCUGGCCCUAAGGAUUGCUCAGAGCGAGGCUGAGCUCAUCCCAGAGGAGGUGCCCGUGGAGGCCGGACUGCGCAGUGUUGCACCACCACCACAAAAACUCAAGAGCUUGACCAUGGAGGAAAUGGCCAAGGAAAUGUCCGAUCUUCUGGCUCGAAGUCCACAGGUGACUGCCACAAACGCUCAAGCUGAUGUGAAGAAAUUUGAACUCAGCAAGUGGAAAUAUGCAGAAUUACGGGAUACCAUCAAUACAUCCUGCGAUAUCGAGUUGUUAGCUGCAUGUCGUGAGGAGUUUCACCGCAGACUGAAGGUCUAUCAUGCGUGGAAGUCAAAGAACAAGAAACGCAAUGCUCAGGAUGAGCAGAGAGCACCAAAAGCCGUCACAGACUAUGUUGACAUAAUUGAAAGUCAAGGCUUCAUUGCCCAGCAGAACCCAGUUGUGCCUGUACUGCCUCGGCAGCAAGAGAUUGUCAUGAGCAGACAACAGCGCUUCUUCCGCAUUCCCUUCAUCCGACCGGGAGACCAGUACAAAGAUCCUCAGAACAAGAAGAAAGGAUGGUGGUACGCACACUUUGAUGGGCCUUGGAUUGCCAGACAGAUGGAGCUGCACCCGGAUAAACACCCCAUUCUGCUGGUGGCAGGUAAGGAUGACAUGGAGAUGUGUGAGCUGAGUCUGGAGGAGACCGGUUUGACUCGGAAGCGUGGUGCUGAGAUUCUGCCCCGCCAGUUUGAGGAGUUCUGGGAACGUUGUGGAGGCAUUGAAUACCUUAAAAACGCCAUCGAGAGCAGGCAGGCCCGACCCACCUACGCCACUGCUAUGCUGCAGAGCAUGCUCAAAUAAACACACACACAUACAUCACAGCUCUAGUUGCAUAAGGGAAGUCUGCCAACUCCUAUGUAACCAGCACUGACUUUCACUUAGUCUUUUUUUUUUUAGACUUUUAAUAUUCUUUCUGGUUUUUGUUUUUUAGUCUUUCGACAUUCUUUCUGUUUUGUUCUUUUUAAUAGUUUUCUUUUUUGUUUUUUUUUAAGUAGCUGUCUCAAUUGUUUUGGAUUUUAUUUGAAUAUCUGGUGCGUUGAAUCAUCUCAUUGAUCUUUAAUUGCUGUUCUUGACAGUGUAAUUGCCUCUAAACUGCCUCUUAAUAUAAUUUACUUAAUGUAAUAUUUUUGGUAUGAUACAUGAUGAAAAUGAUCAGUAAUCCAUAAAUACUUCACUGGCACUGUUCCUUUAGAGAAAUUCAACAGUCUUUUCCUAACAUUGAAAUCAAUCUCACGUUGAAAUAAAGAUGACAUGCAGAUGUAAAUACUGAUAUUGUUCAGCACUUUACAUUAUUCUGAGUUUUGUUAUUCACUGUGAGUUUAACUGCUUGCAUAAAGUAUUUACAAAAGCUACAAUACAGUAAAUACAAUAACUCUGGUAAGUAAUGACAACUAAAUUAUGACUUUGAAUGAAAAAUGUUUAAUAAAAAAUAAUGAUUUUAAUAAUA